AAAUCUUUCUUUUUCGCAACUCUCAACUCACAAGAUGUCCGCGGCUGCUAGACCCGUUAUCAACGUCCACUCCACCAAUGGCUCCAGUGCCACUUUGACCCUCCCUGCUGUCUUCAAGGCCCCCAUUCGCCCUGACAUUGUUAACUUCGUCCACACCAACAUGGCUAAGAACAAGCGUCAAGCUUAUGCCGUCUCCGAGAAGGCUGGUCACCAAACCUCUGCUGAGAGUUGGGGUACUGGUCGUGCUGUUGCCCGUAUUCCCCGUGUUAACGGUUCCGGAACUCACCGCGCUGGUCAGGCUGCUUUCGGUAACAUGUGCCGUGGAGGAAGAAUGUUCGCUCCUACCAAGACCUGGAGAAAGUGGCACGUCAAGACCAACUUGAACCAGAAGCGUUUCGCCACUGCCUCUGCUUUGGCUGCUUCUGCUCUUCCCUCCCUUGUCUUGGCCCGCGGUCAUCGCAUCGAGCAAAUUGAGGAAGUUCCCCUUGUUGUUGCUGAUGAAGUCCAGACUCUCACCAAGACCAAGGAAGCUGUUGCUCUUCUUCAAGCCCUCAACGCCUACGCUGAUGUUGUUAAGGUUUCCAACUCUCGCAAGCUCCGUGCUGGUGUUGGUAAGAUCCGUAACCGCCGUUACCGUCAGCGCCGUGGACCUCUCGUUGUCUAUGGUGAGGACAACGGUGUUGCCAAGGCCUUCCGCAACCUUCCCGGUGUUGAGGCUGUCAACGUCCGCCACUUGAACUUGCUUCAGCUUGCUCCCGGUGGUCACGUCGGUCGUUUCGUCAUCUGGACCGCCAGUGCUUUCGCUCUUCUCGACGAGCUCUACGGUACCUACGAGUCUCCCGCUACCCUCAAGAAGGACUAUGUUCUUCCCGCCCACAUCAUCUCUAACCCUGAUGUCACUCGUCUCAUCAACUCUGAUGAAAUCCAGUCCGUCACUCGUACUAAGGGCAACAAGCACCACAAGAGACCCUUCACCCAGAAGAAGAACCCUCUCAAGAACGCUGGUGUCAUGAACCGUCUCAACCCUUACCAUCAAGUUGUUCGCCGUGCCGAGAUCGUCGGUGCUGAGAAGCGCAAGGCUGGUAAGGUCGCCAAGAAGGAUACCAAGGUCAAGGGUGUCAACACUGUUGCCUCUGAGAAGUUCUUGGAAAUCCUCCGCUCUGCUUAAACGUAUCAACCAGAUAUGUAUUAUGCUUUGGGGAGAAAACAUUGAAACGGAUUUUCUUGUGUUUGCAUAGUCUUUUUCUAUCGAUUGAGAAUAGCAUAUAAAUGAAAAUUUAGCAUUGACAUCUGUUUGUACACU